UCAACUUUAUUCAGGUCUAUGCACCCACUUGUGCUACUAACGACGCUGAUGUCGAAUCGUUUUAUACCGCUUUAGAAAACACUAUACGCACGGUAUCCAAUAGAGAAAUAUUGAUAAUUUCUGGCGACUUUAAUGCUAAGAUUGGCAGUCCGACGAAAGGAGAACUACCUGAUGUUUUGGGUGCCCACGGGAUCGGUGUUAGGAAUACUAGAGGAGAACGGUUGAUACAAUUCGCUGCGGAUAAUGGACUGACGAUCGCCAAUAGCAUUUUUCAACACCAUCCGCGAAGAAUGUACACAUGGACAUCGCCAGAUGGCAAAACCAAAAAUCAAAUAGAUUACUUCUUAGUAAAAUCACGGUGGCGAUCGUCUAUUAGAAAUGUCCAUACAUUACCUGGUGCAGACUGUGGCUCGGACCAUCAGCUGGUUGUAGCUAAAUUUAAAUUAAAGCUUAAAGCUGCUAGAAAGACCAAACCACAAGCUAGAUUAAGCGUGGGGGAUCGACAAUUGUUCAGGAAAGCCCUUGAGAAAGACAAAAGUCAUUGGUUUGGACAUAAUCCUCACAAUAACUCUGUGGAAGAUGACUGGUGUAAAGCGAAGAUGGUACUAUUAGAGGCGAUCAAAACUUCUACACCCUCUAAUUCAACCAAUGUCAAACGGCAGCACUGGAUGACAGAUAAAACUCUCGCAUUGGUGGAGGAGCGUCGCCAACUUAAAGCUUCAGGAGGCAGCCAACAAGCCCAAAACUUACUAACUGCUCAAGUCCAAGCCGCCUGCAGGAAAGACAAGAACAUGUUUCUGCAAAACAUAAUAUGUAAAGAAGUCGAAUCGCAUGCCGAAAAAUACGAAACAAGAGACCUCCAUGCGAAAAUACGGUUAAUUACUAAAAAAGGCGAAUCCAAAGCUUGGGCGGUUGAAGAUCUUGGAGGCAAUGUCGUCACUAACCUGGAAGAUGUUCUAGAAACAUGGAAAGUUUACUGCCAAUCUCUCUUUUUAGAUCCAGACGCGCACAACUCUACGAUUCCAGAUAUUGGAGAACUAAAUAUGGAACCGGAUAUCUUGAAGGAGGAAGUAGAAGCUGCUAUACAACAUCUCAAAUCGGGAAAAGCGAUAGGGAACGAUAAAAUUCCGAUUGAGAUCGUCAAAUGCAGUGGGGAAUAUGGCGUAGAACUUUUCCAUAAAGUUUGCAACAACAUAUGGCAAGCGGGUGUUUGGCCUCAAGAAUGGACACAUUCGAUCUUUGUUCCUCUUCACAAAAAAGGCUCCACAAAAAAGUGCGAAGGCGUUUGAUUCUGUGAAAUGGCCGCAGCUUUGGCAAAUUCUCUUAAGAAUGGGUGUUCCAAGACAUCUCGUUCAUCUAUUAAGAGCCCUCUAUGAAAACAACUCCGCCUCAGUAAAAGUAGACAAUGCUAUGUCGAAGCCACUUUAUCCCUCGGCAGGAGUGCGUCAAGGGUGCAUACUAUCGCCCUUGCUUUUCAACAUUUAUACUGAGCAUAUCAUGAGGAUAGCCCUUGAAGAAUGGACGGAUGGUGUACCAAUAGGUGGGAAAAAUAUAUCUAAUCUGCGAUACGCUGACGACACCACGCUCAUUGCGACCAGUGAACACAGCAUAGAAGCACUACUGCGUCGCGUUGAAACAGUCAGUCUCGAAUUC